GCCCGUUUACAUUACUGUUGGUAAGAAACAAAUACACACACACACAUACCGUGGCUGCGGAUAAAAUUAUGAUCUAGAAAUGAGGUGAAACGGCAUGAAAACAGACGGGAGACACCGGGUCAGCACUUCCUACGGUUGGUUUUUUGAAAGGACCGGUUGGAUCCUCUCUCCGCUCCCGACCAAUCGGAAGUGAGUAUUUUUCGCGCUGGUUGGCCGGAGAGUUUGAGUUUCCCGCAAGCUUUUGAUUCGACUUGAAUGAAAGCCUUCGUUUUACAGGAUGAGUACGGACAUUUUCUCCCUUUAACCACCGACAGGAGAUUCAACAGCUCAGUGAGCCUGGAGGGGGUUAGAUGGGAUGGACACUAAAGGUAGCUCUCUGCCUUCGAUGCCCGAACCAGCCAACCCGAUCAGCAUGAAGCAGCCGCCAGAGUCCCUCAGUGUACGGAAAGGUCGGGGGGACAUGAGCAGUGACCCUGCUCUGCUAAUGGACAAAGCUGCUGCCCAGCUGGCCGCCACACUACAAGACGGCGUCCUUCAGAAGAUGGCUGGCCACAGUCAUAACAACCACAGCCACGAGAGGCUCAAAGACCUCACCUCCCGUGUGCUGAAUGGGGACCAAGACACACUGCCCAAGCUUUGUGCUCCAGAGCCACCUAUGCUUAAGGGUGCUGAAGCCCCUACUACGACUGGCACCCAUCAGCACAAUUGCACUCCCCACACAGAACCUGAACUGAAGGUGACAAUACCCCAGGUGGUCAAGCAGCCGCUGUUUGAACCAUGCUGUGCCAAUGGGACCAGUUUGGCUACGGCGGCUGAAGGUACUAUAUCUGGACCUGACAAGAGAGAAGAUGCAAAGAAAAGGAGGGGGAGACCUCACAAACCAAAACCUCAACCAAACCUCAGUUCCUCUGUCAUCCCUUUGGAGGAACUUGACCACACAAAUGCUGUAGAUGGAACUGGAGCAGCUGAAGAGCCUGAUCUCAUCCCAGAGUUGACAGAGGAGGCUGAAGAAGAGUCUCCUUUGCUGAUCCGUUUCUCUGUUGGUGAUUUGGUUUGGACAAAGGUGUCGGGAUACCCCUGGUGGCCUUGCAUGGUGACCACAGAUCCAGAAAUCAGUAGUCACUUCAAACAGAAACAGAAGGCAGCCAAUAGCAGGUCAGGCCUCCUUUACCAUGUACAGUAUUUUGGAGACGCCCCAGAGAGAGGCUACAUAUUUGAGAAGAACAUGGUGUCCUUCUCUGGGGAGGAUCAAUACCAGGAGCUUAGCCAGGGCAACAAACAGGCAGCCUCUCGCAUCAUCCACAAAAAGACGGGUCCCUCCGUGCCCCGUAAACUCCAGGCACAGUGGAACAUGGGCAUCAUUCAGGCCAAGGAGGCCCUCGACAUGUCACUGGAUGAACGCAUGGCAAACUUUGUGUUUCAGUAUGAUGAAGAGGGGCCUCAUCUAAACCCCCACAUCCUGGAGAAGUUGAAGCCAAAACAGAGCGAUGAGAUGAACCAGGAAACAGAGUCACGGCUCAGCCCAGAUCUUCCCUCCAUGCUGGAUCCCACCACUUCAGAAGCAGAUAUACAAGCUGAAUCAGCUGCACCUCAGAAGAAAAAGAGGCGACCCAAACAGGCUCAGUCUCCCGCCAAGACGCAGAGGAGAAGGAAAAAAUCAGCAACCGACAACUCCUCUGACCCUGUGAAGAAAAGGAAAUCAAAGCUGGUUUCUUCGACAGACGAUGUUUACGAUCCAGACUCUCUUCCAGUUUCAGUUCCAGUUGACAAAGUGAAGAAAAGGCAAAAGAAAGGGACUCAUGAAGAUAUGACUGAUUCCUCAGUCAAGAGGGAGCGGAAGAAAACCUCCAAAAGGCCAGUGACGGACGCUGCAGAAGAAAAGGACCAGCAGCCUAAAAAGAGAUGCAAAAUGAGCAAAGAUGUUGAAAAACAGGCCUCAGCUUCAGAAGGAACAGAGAAAAAAUGGAAGAGGAGGAAGAAAACUGAUGACGUGAAAGAAACCAAGAGACGACAGAAAAAGUCAAAAGAUCCUCUUACUGAUGACCAAGAUGCAGAGAAACCAAAGUAUAGGAGGAAAAGGAAACAGGAUGGAGAGAACCAGACCACGCCUGCUAAAGCAAAGAAGAGGAGGUCCUCCCCUUGUCCUGACCCUGAGGGUUCUGGGAGUGAAGGACGUCCUGAUUCUCCGAGUGACAGCUUAGACGGGACGAAGAAGGGCGAGCGGAAGAAAGAGUUUGUCUGUCAGAGGUGUGAACAGGCUGGUGAGGACCUGGUGCCCUGUGAGGGCCAGUGCUGUGGGAUGUUUCACCUCCACUGUCUGGGUCCAUCUUUCAAACCUGAAGACAAGCUGCUGUGUCAAGAGUGCAGCACAGGAAUUCACUCGUGUUUCACCUGUAAGCAGUCAGAGGGCGAGGUGCGUCGCUGCCACGUCCUACACUGCGGCAAGUUUUACCACGAGGCGUGUGUCCGCCUCAACCCUCUCACCUCGUUCGACAACAAGGGCUUCCGCUGUCCACUCCACACCUGCCUGAGCUGCCACUACGGCUGCCGCACCAAGCAAAAGUCCACCAAGGGUAGGUUAAUGCGUUGCCUACGCUGCCCGGUAGCGUACCACAUCGGUGACCAGUGCGUGGCCGCAGGCAGCGAGAUGAUCACCAACACCGCCAUCAUCUGCACCAACCACUUCAACGCCAAGAAGGGCUACAGCCACCACAGUCACGUCAACGUCAGCUGGUGUUUCGUCUGCUCCAAAGGAGGACAGCUGCUGUGCUGCGAAUCCUGUCCAGCAGCAUUUCACCCCGACUGCCUCAACAUCGCUAUGCCUGAUGGGAGCUGGUUCUGCAACGACUGCAGAGCCGGAAAGAAACCCAGAUACAGAGACAUCAUCUGGGUCAAACUAGGAACAUACAGAUGGUGGCCUGCUGAGAUCCACCACCCGCGAAACAUACCCACCAACAUCCAGCACCUUCGCCACGAGAUCGGAGAGUUUCCCGUCUUCUUCUUCGGCUCCAAGGAUUACUUCUGGACUCACCAGGGCCGAGUGUUUCCCUACAUGGAGGGAGACAGGGGCAGCAAGCACCAGAGGACCGGCAUCGGCAAAGUUUUUAAAAAUGCUCUGUUGGAGGCUGAAGCUCGAUUCAAGGUGAUCAAAAUGAAACGAGAGGCCAAAGAAGCACAAGAGAACAGCCGAAAACCACCUCCAUACAAAUUCAUCAAGGUCAACAAACCCUUCGGCAAGGUUCAGGUCUACACCGCAGACAUUUCUGAGAUCCCCAAGUGUAACUGCAAGCUGACGGACGAGAGGCCGUGUGGGUUUGAGUCCGAGUGUCUGAACCGUAUGCUGCAGUACGAGUGCCACCCUCAGGUGUGUCCCAGCGGGGAGCGCUGCUGCAACCAGGACUUCACCAAACGUCUUUACCCAGAGACCAAGAUCAUCAAGACGCCCGGCAAAGGCUGGGGCCUGAUCUCCUUGCGGGACAUCAAGAAGGGUGAGUUUGUGAACGAAUAUAUCGGAGAGCUGAUCGACGAGGAGGAGUGCAGGGCGAGGAUCAAGUACGCCCAAGAAAACAACAUCACAGACUUCUACAUGCUCACCAUUGACAAGGACCGGAUCAUCGACGCUGGUCCAAAGGGAAACUACUCUCGCUUCAUGAACCACAGCUGUCAGCCCAACUGUGAGACGCAGAAGUGGACGGUGAACGGCGACACACGGGUCGGCCUGUUCGCCGUCUGCGACAUCCCCGCAGGGACUGAGUUGACUUUCAACUACAACCUGGACUGCCUCGGCAAUGAGAAGACAGUCUGCCGCUGCGGCGCCCCAAACUGCAGCGGUUUCCUUGGUGAUCGCCCGAAGAACUCAAACGGCCAAACAGCUGAGCCAAAAGGGAAGAGGUUGAAGAGAAAGUAUAAAAGGAGGAAAAGUGAGGGAAAGAAGAAGUCAGAGGACGAGUGUUUCCGCUGUGGAGACGGAGGGCAGCUGGUGCUCUGUGACAAGAAGACCUGCACCAAAGCUUAUCACCUGUCCUGCCUGAACCUCACCAAGAGACCCUUUGGCCGCUGGGACUGCCCCUGGCACCACUGUGACGUCUGUGGGAAGAACUCUGAGGCUUUCUGCCAGCUCUGCCCCAACUCCUUCUGCAAGGCUCACCAGGAGGGGGCGCUACGCCCCUGGCCUCCCACAGGACAGCUGUGCUGCCUGGAGCACGACGAGCUGGACGGAACAGACAACCAGGAUCAGAACGUCAACUUGGAGACGACUGCAUCAACCGCCACUACUGCCGCCAUCGUCAGUCGUCCUAAAGGCUCCAGGAAGGCAGAAGGAGCCGAAGCAAAAACAAAGGGCUCUAAGAGGAAAGCAGCAGAGGCCUGAAGUGACCUUUGACCCCUCAGAGAGCCAAUAGACCAAACUAGACUCUGACAACCUCCUUCCCCGUUCAUGAACAAAUAUGAACCCCACGUUAUAUUGUCUUCAAGAUCACAAAAACCAAGGCACUGUACAUCUUCGUCAUCAGGGAAUGCCGCUGAUCUCUCACAUGCUCGGCAACGACCUCGAGCUCGCCGCUCAAACUCUUCUGUUUUUAUGUUUUUUAAAAAAAAACAUUUUCAGGUUUAUUUCUACUUGUCUGCACUGAGGCGAACCAUCUGUGGUAAAGCACAAAGCAGCAGAGCGAGCGCAGGUCAGGAAACUUCAGCUAGUGGAUUCUAACUCACUCUUCCACCAACCAGACUGCCUUUUUUAUUUUUUGUUUUGUCUUUGUUUUGAUCAUUUGACUUUUUUUUUAUUUUUUGUUUUUUGUUUUGUCUUUGUUUUGAUCAUUUGACUUUUUUUUUUUUUUUUUAAAUAACAAAAGAAACCAGUUGGUUUCUGCAGAAAACAAACUGAAGCAGUCAGCCGUGAUGCCAAGCAUCCAGCGUCACCGUCUACUCACUUGAAUCUCCCCCCUCACUCAACACGGAUCAUUUUGAACAGCAGAGUUUUAUAGCUAUAUCUAUAUAUGUGUAUAUCAAAGACCAAAAUUAUGAUUACUGGAAUAGUGUAAGACAUCAAACAGGUUGCCAAAUGGAUUGUUUUUAUUUUUAUAUAUAGUAUAUAUAUGCCAGAUGUAAUAUCAAACACCAAGACACUAUGGACGGGCCUCAGAUGGCCUCUUUACUUUUAUUUGGUAGCCAUAGGUUACAUUUAACUGUAGACAUGUGUUUGCUAUUUUACAACCUGUUAUUUUUGUUUUAGUUCAGUUUUAUAUUUUAGAUUUGAAUCUUCUUUUUUUUCUUUUGUUUUUGUAUCAGGAUGCUGAACAAUGGCGCUACAAACCGUUUAUCUACCUGCCUGUCCAAUGAACGAGGGAUUACAGAAAGUAUUAAAGCGAGAGCGCUCUGAAACUGCCGUCUGACGUAAAAACACUACUGGGAGGUUUAAAGGUCUUUGACGCUCUCUGCUCUAUGGGUAAACCAGAUAAAUGAAGGAAUGACAGCGAUUCUCUUGAACCU